ACCGUAGAAGAAGAGUUUGGCCGGAAGUAACAGAAGAGGCUAAAAUAAACAACACGGACACUUCACAAACUAGCGCACAAAUGCACCAAAAGGUGUAGAAAACAAUGUGACAUCUCAAGCUCUCGACUCCUGGAAACCGCUGCUAAGAUGGUGGUGAACUUGGGCUGGACGCCAGUGGCCCUAGAAACGUAUCACCUCAACAGUCUGGCAUGAAUGCUGUACAGACUAAAAUGACUUCAAGAAAUCAAGAUUGACUUUAAAUUUUUUUAAUAAGCUGUUCAAAGAUGGCGGCAGAAGGCGAUGAGAAGGAGUUGGAUGGGUUAGUGGAACUCGAGGAGACGAUUAGUGACAGUAAUUGGGAUACAUCUAUGGGUCAAAGUUUAGAUCAUGAAAAUGAAGAUGACGAAUUAUCACAGGACAACCAAACUCCGUCCAGCCCUCAUGAUUCUGGCAUUGGCGAAUCUGGAUUUUACGAGUCCAGAGACGAUGCCGAGGAAGUUACAGAGGAAAUCUCAGAUGAACUAGACCCUGAUGUUGAAAAUAUGCAAGACGAAGAAGAUCAGAAGGAGAUGAACGGAGAGAGCGGUUGGAGGAAUGCAGGGAGAAAAGGCAAAGUUAGAAGCAGCGGGUCAAUUUCAGAGUCAGCUUCUGCCUAUGUCCCCAAAGGCAGCAGCGUACCUAGACAUAAACAAGCCCGAAGACGCAACCAUCAUCAUCAUCAACAAAACCGAGGCCGACGACGGACUGGCAACCAAUUAUUUUCGUCUUUUAAAGAAAUGCUAUCCGGAUCUGUUAGCUUAUGGUGUAUCUCUUGCGUCCAUAUGAUGAUAGAAAUUAUAGUAACUUUAACUCAUAACUGUGGUGUGGGCGUGGAAGCUGGGGGAGUAAGACUGUACAACUUUGGACAAAAACUUAUUGUUAAAAUCUCAGAUGUUCCUGGGAUGAAGGCGGAUGCGACGAGGCUGUUCAAUUGGACUAAAAGUCACGCUUCGAACUUUAAAGAUAAAAUGGUUACGUUUGGAAAAUUCACAAUGUCUUCUGCCUUAUCUUGCUGUAAGCUUUUCUGUGCACUGGCAUUUCUCGCAUUUCUUUGGGUAAAAGGAGUGUUGGGACGAAUAGGAGGAGAGAGAGGGAAGCGAUUUUGGACAUAUAUUCAAGAAUCAAGGUUUUGGCAGAAAUUGGUGGGGUUAUUGGACAAAGUGAGGGGCUGUUUUAGGAGGCGAUGUGCCCCCUGUAGCCCUGAGUCUCCCGGGGGUCAGGGGGUCAGAGCGGCACCGGGACAGGAGCUGGAGCGGCUGCUGGCUCUGGCCGAUGUCCCGGAGGAGGAGCUGGACCCGUUCUCGGUGCUCGGGGUUGAGGUGCAUGCCACAGAGGCAGAGCUCAAGAAGGCCUAUAGGCAGCUGGCUGUGCAGGUUCAUCCAGACAAAAACAAACACCCUCGAGCUGGAGAGGCAUUCAAAGUGCUGCGCGCCGCCUGGGACAUCGUCAGUAACCCCGAGACCAGGAGGGAGUACGAGCUGAAGAGGAUGGCGGCGUCUGAGCUCUCGAAGUCGAUGAACGAGUUUCUAACCAAACUCCAGGAUGACCUGAAAGAAGCCAUGAACACCAUGAUGUGCACCAAAUGUGAAGGGAAACACAAGCGUUUUGAAAUGGACCGUGAGCCGUCUGAAGCGCGUUUUUGUGCCGAGUGUAACCGUUGCCAUAGCGCCGAGGAGGGGGACUUGUGGGCGGAGUCAAGCAUGCUGGGCCUUCGCAUCACGUACUUUGCCUGUAUGGAUGGCAAGGUCUACGACAUUACAGAGUGGGCGGGCUGUCAGAGGAUCAGCAUCUCUCCUGACACUCACCGUGUGCCGUACCACAUCUCGUUUGGAGCCAAGAACGCCAGCUCCACACGGCACAGAGCACCCUCCGAGCAUCCCCCAGGCCCCACAAACCCGGCCGACCUCCAGGACUUCUUUAACCGCAUCUUUAAGGGAGCAGCGCCCCCUACUGACAUGUCUGCCAAUGGCGCCUUUUUCCCCUCUGCUCCCCACCCCCCUCCGGGCCCUGGUACCACAUCAGGGCCGGGACCCACCUUCCCCCCUCCACCGCCGGGACCCUCAAGCUUCUUCAUGCCCGGAAAUCAGCGCUCGGAGUCGGGUGAGAACUGGGCAGACACUGGGAAGCAGCCGCAGAGGAGGAGGAAAAAAGUGCGGAAGCCUUUUCAGAGGUGAAGACUUCUGUUGACGUUUGAGGAAGGGACACAGGAAAUAAUGGCCAUUUUGAAUUUUACAUGCAGUGGGUCGACAGAGACACAGCUGAUUUAAAUGAAGAUUUGCUGUUGGUGCUUUGAAUUCAUGCCACAUUAUAGUGUUUUUCUUUGGCUUUGGGGCAAUAUUUGAAGAUUAUAUAUUUUCCAAAAGAAUUUUUUUUUAAUCAUUUCAAACUUCCCAUCCUGCCAGCAUUACUCAUUUUACAACCUCCAAAACCAAUCCAACUAAAAUAAAACUUUGGACAUCAUGUAGUGUAGUGGAGAUGCCAGCAGAGAGCAGCAGACAGUGGAUCUGUUGUGCUCACAAUGGAAAGUUGGACAAAUUAAUAAAUAUUAACUUCAUUAAAGGUCCUGUCUUUCGCAAAAUAGAGUCUUGUGAGGUUUAAGCCAUGUUAUAAUGUUAUUAACUCCUCAAAACAUACCUGGAUAUGUGUUUUGUUUCAUUCACACAUGUUUGAGUAACCCUUUAUUAUUAGUCUGUCUACAUCUCCUCAGCUCAAAAUGCUCUGUUCCACAUUGUGAUGUCAUGACGUGGCAGUUUUUAAGUUAACAGCUCCUUUUACCUUUUGUUCAGUAGAGAUGGGCAAUUCCAGGACUGAAAUUAUCCAAAUGAUUCUAGUGAAGGUGUGUGGAGUUUAAAAACACAGUCGAGCACCUCCUGUAUUACCACAUGACAUCACAAGGUGGAACAGAGUGUUUUCCAUUAUGUCUUGAAAAAUACUCACUUACUCACACUUUCAUUUGGCCUUUUUUUUUUUUUUUUUCAACAAAAUUUACAACAAAAUAUUUCAAAAUUUGACCCAGAGCCACUGAGAAAACCUGCUGAUCUGAAGCCUUUUGAGUUGGUCAUAAUUAAGCUGUAAUGUUUUUUGUCCUGCCAAAAUUGCACCUGCAUUUUAAUAUUUUAGUUUUUCAAAAUUUUAUGUUGAAUUUGCUGAAGAAAGAGAUUGUGAAGAAAAACAUACUGCUACAGUGAACGAGGCACUUUUAUGAAGAAUGAAUCCAAACAUUUAAAAAUGUCCUCAACUUAAGCAACUACAAUCCACACAAGAAAAAGAAAAUUAAAAGUAAAGUAAAACUGCAACUUUCUCAAAUUCUAUAGAGAUACCAUAUUCUGACCAUUUUCCUUUGAAUUGAUACUUUGCAGUGACAUCAUGCUGGGAGGGAGCACUGCAUGUAGGUCUAUGGAAUUUUCAGGAGUUACCGUAGUGACACAAUGCACACUCAACAUGAUGAUAAGAUUUGAGCUAUCUAGCUUGUGAGAUUUGGAGAGACUUGUUUAACAGCACAAAUGAACUCACCUGUUGUAGUUCCACUAAGUCAGAUCUUUCUGGUCAGAUUAACGGAGUAACAGAGCUUCAGACAGAGCAGUGCCUCCAGUUAGUGUCACCCCCCCAACCUGAGGAGUGUUGAUGACAUCAGCUGCAAAGUAUUAAUAGUGAAAUACAGAUGUACAAAUUGACUUUGUUUAAUCAGGUUUUAUUAACAGCUUUUCAAUCCACAACAAAAACAGAUUUGCAUAAAGGAUAAUAUAAUGGCACUUUUUAAACUUUAAUAGCUGCACUUCGUUACUUUUCUACCGGAAGGUUCAUCACCUUCUUGUCUUCAUGGAAAUUUUACUACCUGGUUUGGAAUGUUCCACAGUAUGAUAUUAUACCACAUUGCAGUUAUUCAAGAUUUAUUUUAUUGCUAAGAAAUACCUUGAAAAGUAUGCAUUCUUUAUAUGAGUGGGCUCCCCCUUUCCACAGAUCUGAUCUAUAACUUGGCUGGGCAGCACCAAUUAUUGGUCUCGGUGGAAGUAAAUAAGUCUAAUGCUAUCCUCUGGAACAUUCUAGGCAAAUAGAUAACAUCCCCAUGGAGACACAGGAAGAAGAAUCGUUGCAUAGUGCGCAGUUUAAUUACCAUGGUCCCAAGUUGCCUUUUUAAAACGUAUUUUUCCCACAUUUACACACAGCACAAACUUUAAAUAAUACAAAUAUACAACAAACAGCACCAUUAAAAUCACUCUGGCAACAUUUUUUUAUUUACUAUGAAUCAACUUAAUCCAGAGAACCUAAUUAUUGCCUUUUUCAUCAGCAGUGUUAAAACGUCCUCUUUGGAGUAUUUUUUAUUUUUACAUUCUAUGGUUUGAUUCAGGAUCGAUUUGAGAAAACUUGAAAAUUGUUGAACUCCCAUUUGAAGACACCAGUUCAUUUAUUGCUGUGAUUUCAUGAUGUUAUUUUUCGUGAGUUUAAAAUGAAAAUCUUGGCUUUUAUUUGUGUAAUUUGCACAGAGCCUCCUCCAGCUGCGGAGGUGUAGGAGGUGUGUAGCGGUAUCAGGAUAACAGCUCAAAAAUGAGGUUAUUUUUGGGUCAAAUUUGAAUUUCAAUGAGGUAAUUUUAAUAAUACUUUAAAGAGGGGGUAUUUUUAUUUAAAAUUACAGGGAGUUCAAAGUGAAAGAGUACAGUGGUCCCUUGUUUAUCGGGAGGGUUACGUUCUAAAAAUAACCCGCAAUAGGUGAAAUCUGCGAAGUAGUCAGCUUUAUUUUUACAAUUAUCCUAUAUGUUUUGCAGCUGUAAAACCCCUCACCACACACUUUAUACACUUUUCUCACACAGGCAUUAACAUUUUCUCACAUUUCUCUCUUGUUUAAACUCUCUCAAAGUUCAAACCUUCGUAGGCGUCUUUGUCAGUGCAGACUGUUUCAUCGACAUUGUGGGUUUUGUCGGGGAGAAAACUUGCAAACAUACAGCACUUCAGAGUCACACUGCGAUCCAACAUUUAUGUAAAUUUGUCUGAACACAUUCUAAAUAUUUUAUUUGUUAGCAGUUAAUACCCCAUAGAAGUAAAAUACCUCCUCUUUAAUGAGUUUGUGUUUUGGAAGAAUGGCUCUAUUUUGCAAAGUGGGUUUUAACUAACUCUGAAAUAUAAGUGUUCAGCUUACAACUAAAGAAGACGCAGCUGUUUUUUUUUUGUUUUUUUAUAAAUUUGAAUUCUGUCACGUUUGAAGAGAUUUUAGUCUGACUGAAAUAUUGCUGUAGAAGGCUUUGGCCCUAUCUGACAAUGGCAAAUCCCUUAAGUAAAAUGCUCUGUUCAAAGCAUGUCUCUCAAUCAUCAAACUGUUUUUAUUUUGUAAUGGUAAAAAUUUAAUGUAAGAAAUAAGCGCUAGUUCAGGUUUUUUAUUCAUUCACAAAAUUACCAAGCAGUUACUAAAACCAGUUCUUUGUUCCUUUACUGCCCCCUGUGGCUAGUGUUUGUAUUUUUGGCCCUAUCUUGCAAUGGCUCAAAAUUGUAAAUGGAUAAAUAAGCGUCAGUAAUAUAUUUUUGUAGAUAGCACAUACGUUAGCUAUCCAACCAAUCACAAUAUCAAUAGCUUCAAUUAAGGAAGUGAAUUAACUAAUCAGAGAGCUGCAUCAGAUCAGGUUUGAGCUUAACAUAUUCAGAGUUUGAGUUGAACCUGCUUUUUGAAACAGGCUUAUUAUUUUUGAAAGGAUGUUGUUCAAAUUGUUUUGUUGCCAUGUUUUUGCCAUAUGUUGACAGCAUUUUUGUAGUGAUCGAUGACAGAAAUGUUCUUCAAAGUUGUAGCUAAGUUUCUCUAUUUCAAUUUGUUUCUGGUCAGCUGCCUAAAAUAUCAACUAUGUUUUAGUUAUCUGCAAAUCUUCUUACAAUGAAAAUAAUAUACCUUUUUCCCAUGAUGCUUUGCUCUCCACAUGGUUGUUUUGAAGAAUGUAGAGGCUAGCGCUAAUGGCAAACAGUAGCACGCCCAAGGAAAGGAGGGCAGACCUGUUGAGAGUUUGAGAAUUUAAUUUUUACAGAAUAAUAUGCAGAAGUUACGCAAAAAAUAUGACAAUCAUUGUUUUGUAGGAAAUACAGAGGGGAGGUCCCAGGCAGACAAAAUAAAAGUCCUUUUCCUGCUUUCUCUGGUUUUCAAAAUAAAAGUUUCCUACAUGCACAA